GUGACAGAUAGUGGUGGAUGUGUCCUGGCGCUCCUCGCCUUUACAAACCUCCCACAAUGAGUAUAGAUGUCGAGAAAAACCGGAAUUCAAUAUUAAAGGCCUUUAACGAUGUAGUGAGUGACAAGACGGCCACAGAUUGGGCUCUAUUUGGUUAUGAAGGCCAAACUAAUACUUUGAAGGUGAUUGGAACUGGAGAGGAUGGGCUAGAAGAGUUGGCAGAUGACCUGAAUAGUAGUAAGAUUAUGUAUGCUGUCGUCAAAGUCAUUGACCCCAACACCACAAGACCCAAAAAUGUCCUCAUUAACUGGCAAGGUGAAGGAGCCCCAACUGUACGUAAAGGUACCUGUGCUCGACAUCUUCAUGACAUUCACAAACUUCUCAGAGGUGUGCAUGUUACUGUUAAUGCUCGGACAGAGGAGGAAGUUGAACCAGAAGUUGUUAUGGCUGCAGUUCUUAAGUUAUCGGCUACAACUUAUAACUUCAACGAGAGAUCAGAGAUGAAUGACAAGACUACUCCGGUGCUGAUGCCUAGUGGUGCUAGUGGUCCCGCUGUAGCCUGUGGUGAUGGCUCCCAAACUUUCCCCUCUAUAAAGCCUAAACCCAAAAUGAUGAAGCGUGAGUUGGGAACCAACUAUAAGCGCACAAACCCCUUAGCUGAGAUAGAUUCAAAGUCUCGCAAUAAAUUUUGGGAAGAGCAGGAGGCUGAGGAGAGAAGACGAAAAUUUGAGGAGCAGCAGCGGAAGGAUGAAGAGUUGAAGAAUAUUGAAACUGAACGUAAAAAAAGAGAGUUAACUGAUGCCCAACAUCGUGAACAGUUAACCAGACAGCGAAAUGCACGUAUUCUUGCUGAACGGAAAGCUGAAGAAAAUGCAGCCCAGCAUCUAGCUGCCCAGCAAGAUCAGAAGUGGCAGCAGGAUAUAGACAGUCAGCACCAGGAAGAAGCAGAACGAGCCAAGCGGAGUGAGAUGAUGCGCUUGGAAAGGAAAAAAGAAGCGGAAACCCUAAUUGGCCAGAGAACACAUUCUACUCGAGAUAUGUUUGAAUCGGGUAUCACGAACUCAAAACAGGCAACGGACAAGAACCGUCCACCUCCCCGUCGUCUAAAAGAGUUCAAACCAGUCAACAGCCAAUCAAGUAGAGAGGAGGGCAAGGAAAACAAUCCGUCGGCGCCAAGUAGAGGAGUUGCUGCACGUUGGCCUCCUGCUUCCUCUGAACCUCCACAGCAGCUUGCCACGCCCACACAACGCAAAGGUGAUGUGAUGUCACCUGCUUUGUCAACAAAUGUUAGUACACCACAGCAAAACACUAUACCAGAUCAUUCAUCACCUCCAGCACCACCAACCAAGCAACCACCAGAGACUUCACACCCCCAGCCGGAAGUCAAUAAUACUGGCUAUGUGAGGAACUUGCUACGAGAUGGGCUGCCAACUCAGCCAGUGUAUGACACCGAAGAGCCAGCAGCUAUGAAUGUGUGGGAGGAGGCGAGUCUACAAGAAGCAUAUCAUGGCCCCCCUCCUCCCGAACCACCAGUUCAUAAUACAAAUGGCAGCAAUCAGACUUACCAUCACCUUCCCUCAAUACCAUCCCUUCAACAAGAAUCCUCUCUAAACCAAAGUUCCCUUUAUCCAAGUUCCCAACACCCAACCUCACCCCACCAAGAGGACCCCGUGACAUACCAGGCUCCAUCAUUUUAUACUAAUGUUGAUGGAGUUCCUCAUAUUUAUCAAGUGACUGCAGAAGAAUCAUUAAAAGCAAAUCAUCAUAAUGGCACACAAGACAAGCAUAUGUAUGGUCACACAGAUGAGACGACACCCACUAAAGCAGCAUCCAAGGCCAACAGUAUUUAUGACACAGCUGUUCACCAAAGCAACUCCACUAAUGCCACUACGACCCCUGUUGGCGGCCAGAUGUGCACUCCUUCAUAUAAUGGAAUGGAAUAUCAGAUCCUCCCUGAGCACGGGUUGUGUGCCCGAGCACUUUAUGACUACCAGGCCGCUGAUGACACCGAGAUAACUUUUGACCCAGCAGAAAUUAUCACCAACAUAGAUCAAAUCGAUGAGGGUUGGUGGCAGGGUGUGGGUCCUGAUGGUAUGUUUGGCCUCUUCCCAGCAAAUUAUGUUGAACUUAUCAACCAGUCACCAGUCUGAACUACACCAACAAGUGACACAGACUUGCUGUGUUGAGGUUCCUGUAUGGGCGGUGAACUCAAAACAUUAUUUUCUCUAAAACACUUAACAGCAAAAAAUAAUUGAUACAAUUUUUAACUGGUGUAUACAGUACUGUACUUUUAAAACCCUAUUUGCCUUUAGUAUUAAUCACAUAACAUUUUCCAUUGUCACAUUAACAAAAUGAGUUAUUUGAUAAUAUACUGUACCUCCACAUGUACUGAACUACUAUUAUGUACAAAAUACAGAUACUAUAUAUGCAUAACAAAUCAUAAUGAACUUAAUGCCUGAAUUAAACCAUUUUUGGCAAU